UCAUCACUAUAACAACAUAUACUUACCAUACACGCGCACGUUAGAUUUACAUGUUUAUACAUGUAUGUAAAAAAAAGGGGGGGGGGAAAGAAUCAUCCGAUCCGAUUCGUUCGAAAAGUGCAUACUUAGCAUGAAGUGUAUAUAUAUUUGCUCUCCUGACGAAAAAAUCUGACAAUGACACGUGUGUCGUCGGCUGCGUCGACUUUUCCACGUCAUGUUAAGUGGCCGACAUUUAAUGUGUAGAUAUAGUGUAUGUUGUGUAGAGCUUCGUUACUGCAUGUUGUAACAACAAACAAUAGCAACUAAUAGUCAACUCAGCAGUGUCUUGGAGAAAUUGCGUGAAUGUUGUAUCGUGUUUUUCCGUCCGACUCCAAAGUGCUGGUGGAUGUAUAUAGUGCGUUCUCGGGUUCGGCUUGGAAGGUUCGAUUUCAAAAAUUUCUGGGAAGAUGAUGAAGCCGACAACUACUGAAACUGGGACUCAAAGCAUUGCCGAGGCCCUGCCUGUGUUAGCUGCCUUAGGGACAAUAAUAGCAUUUGGCAUAGUAGUCAAAUUAUUCUAUUCGACCAAAAAAAAGAAAGUACUACUUGUUGAUCCAAAGGUCAAGUAUGCCCUACCACUGAUUGAAAAACAGAUUCUAAGCCAUGACACUAGGCUGUACAGGUUUGGCCUACCAAGUUCAGAGCAUGUCCUUGGCUUACCAAUUGGCCAGCACGUUCAUUUGAGUGCCAAUGUCAAUGGUGAAAUUGUCAUUAGAGCAUACACUCCUGUCACCAGUGACGACGAUUAUGGACACAUGGAUCUUGUUGUCAAGGUUUACUUUAAAAAUGUCCAUCCCAAAUUUCCAGAGGGUGGAAAAAUGUCUCAGUACUUAGAAAGCUUGAAAAUUGGAGAGACUAUAGAUGUCAGAGGACCUUCAGGUAGACUUGUUUAUAAUGGGAAAGGCAAAUUUUCCAUUAAGCUACUUAGAAAGGAGCCUCCAGUUGAAUAUUCUCUUGCUAAGGCUGUGAUGAUUGCUGGAGGUACUGGAAUUACUCCAAUGUUACAGCUCAUUAGAGCUAUUGUCAAGGAUCCUCUGGACAAAACUCAAGUAUCUCUGCUUUACGCAAAUCAGACUGAAAAAGAUAUCUUACUAAGGGAAGAGCUGGACGAGGUGGCUAAGAAUCAUCCAGACCAAGUCAAAGUUUGGUACACUGUUGACACUGGCAGUGAAGGCUGGAAGUAUAGCACAGGCUUUGUCAAUGAUCAAAUGAUUGCUGAACACAUGCUUCCUCCUUCACCAGAUACCAUUGUGCUCAUGUGUGGACCACCACCAAUGAUAAACUAUGCCUGCACACCUAAUUUGGAUAAAUUAGGAUAUGAGACCAAACUACGAUUUGCUUAUUAAAUUCCACUUGAUGAUUGAAGAACGAGAGGUUUAAAGAAUUGUUGCUUUUCUGUUAUUUAUGCAACGUUUGUUAGCCUUUUUGUAGUUGAGAAGUGUUGUGAUGCAAAUGUUGUUCCAUGAAUGAUGUACAAAUUAUUAUGCAAUGUUUUCUUACAUCGUCUUUGUAAGCAAGAUGUUUAUUAAAAAUCAUGAAAGUAUUUGAUAUAAAAAAAAAAAAAAAUUUACUUUAAAAA